UUGGUAAGUCGGAUUUCGUUCGUGACCUAGGGCCAUCUAAUGACAAUUAUAUGGAACUAAACAUCGAUACCAUCGAUAAAAUUAAAGUAUCAUAUGUUUGAUUUGGCGGAUCAUUUUUGAUGAAAAAUAAUUUACUUUGACCCGAUUAUUAAUUAAUAAUGAAUAAUCUACGUUUAUUAAUAAAUUCAUCAUCACAAUUGUUCUCCCAAAUCAAUAAUGUAAUUGUUCCAACAUUGAUUCCAAUAAGAUUUCGUCGUGUUUUUCCCAUAAUUCGGGGUGCACCAAGACCACUACCACCAAAUAUAGUUCGACCAGAAUCUUCGAAAUAUAAUUGGCAACCAAUCUAUCCACCAGACAAUAAAUAUACGAUUAUGCCACUCAAAAUUAAGAAACUUGGUGGUCGUCAUCCGGAAACUGGACGAGUGGUAGUCAAAACCAUAGGCGGAGGAAAUAAAAAAUACUUUCGCUGGAUAGAUUAUGAACGUAAAGCUAAUACCGAUGGAUCACCACGGGAGGAAAAAGUUUUUAACAUACGAUAUGAUCCAUUAAGAUCGACAAAAUUAGCAUUAGUAGCUGGAGGCGAUCGAAUCCGUUGGAUAGUAGCCACAGAAAAAAUGCAAAUCGGUGAUAUUAUACGUACUUAUUCGGACAUACCACGUAAUCCUGUACGACCACGUGAAGCUGAUUCUCAUCCUAUUGGUGCAUUACCUAUCGGUACUAAAGUUCAUAAUGUUCAAAUAAUACCAAAUGAACCCAAAACAACCAUACUUUAUGCUGGUCAAUAUGCCGAAUUAAUUCGACGUGUUGGUCGUCGUAAUUAUCUGGUUGAAAGCAAAGGAAAACGAGAAUUUUGUAUUGAUCAAACAUGUAUGGUUACUGUCGGUUGUUGCUCGAAUCCAUAUCAUGAUCAAAUCGAUCUUAUGUGUCCUCAACGAAGACGUUGGUUAGGCAAACGACCAAAAUCAGGUGCCUGGCAUAAAAAAGAUGGAUAUUGUGGCAGAAAAAUUCAUCCACCGAAACCAGUACGUGAUCAUUUCACUACGGCAAUGAUGAUGCAAAAAUCUGGUCAAACAAUGUCGGAAGUGACGAAAGACGAACAAAAGGAAUUUUAUGUUAUUGAAUGAAAAUUGUUGCCUCUUUUUCUUAUCAUUAUUAAUACCAUUGUUGUUGCACUAAUCAUCAAUCGUGUGUUUAUAUACAAACUAGUUUGAUUGCCAAUCCAUAUAUUUAAAUUCAAAAAAUUUUAUAUUGUAUUAAUAGAAAUGCAAUUCAACAUUUGUCAUUUGAUGAAGAAACAAAAUUCAAAAUUACCACAUAGUUUUGUGGUGGUAAUCAUUCGAUUACAGUAUGGAUAACAUAUGUGGUGACAUUGACGAUAAAAACAAAUUUAUUAUUGUUGAAAUAAAAUUUUCUCUUUUUGAUUCGAAAA